CCACGUCGUCCAUCUGCGCGGCACCCACGAAUCCACAAACGCCUCCGGGAGUGCGAAAAGUAAAAUAUAUGACAAGGGUAUACUUAACUAGCUCGCAUGCCACCCUGGAGGUUUCCUACAGCUCCAGUGUUUCAGCAGGUCACACAGCAUCAUGCAGUCUGUCGAGUAGUGGGCGGGGUGAGCAGCCUUCUUCUCCACCCACUGCUGACCAUGAUCCAGGUCAGCGGAGCCGAAGGCAGACAGUUCGUUUCGUCGCUCCGAAGAAGGACUAGGCGCGCGUCUGGUGGGGGGCUGGACUGCUGUGGUGGUUGUGUAAGGACAUGUAGGGCGAUGCUGUGGGACCGCGGGUGAGGAGCGGCACAAGAAACACAAUAGGCGAGUGGGAAGA